CGGCCCCCGCCCCGCCCCAGCCCCGGCCCGGCCCGGCCCCGCAGUCAUGGAGCGCUGGCCUUGGCCGUCGGGCGGCGCCUGGCUGCUAGUGGCGGCCCGCGCGCUGCUGCAGCUGCUGCGCUCAGACCUGCGUCUGGGCCGCCCGUUGUUGGCGGCUCUGGCGCUGCUGGCCGCGCUGGACUGGCUGUGCCAGCGCCUGCUGCCCCCGCCGGCGGCACUCGUGGUGCUAGCUGCUGCCGGCUGGAUCGCGUUGUCCCGCCUGGCGCGCCCUCCUCGCCUGCCCGUGGCCACUCGCGCGGUGCUCAUCACCGGUUGUGACUCUGGUUUUGGCAAGGAGACAGCUAAGAAACUGGAUGCCAUGGGCUUCACGGUGCUGGCCACUGUGUUGGAUUUGGACAGCCCUGGUGCCCUAGAACUGCGUGCCUGCUGUUCCCCUCGCUUAAAGCUGCUGGAGUUGGACCUGACCAAGCCAGAGGACAUCAGUCGAGUGCUGGAAUUCACCAAGGCUCACACCACAGGCACUGGCCUGUGGGGUCUGGUUAACAAUGCUGGCCUCAACAGCAUAGUGGCCGAUGUGGAGCUGUCUCCAGUGGCAACUUUCCGAAACUGCAUGGAGGUGAACUUCUUUGGUGCACUUGAGCUGACCAAGGGCCUCCUGCCACUCCUGCGUCACUCAAGGGGGCGUAUUGUGACCAUUGGCAGCCCGGCAGGAGACAUGCCGUACCCCUGCCUGGCAGCCUAUGGAACCUCCAAGGCUGCCGUGGCACUGCUAAUGGACACAUUUAGCUGUGAACUGCUUCCCUGGGGUAUCAAGGUCAGCAUUAUCCAGCCUGGCUGCUUCAAAACAGAGUCGGUGACCAAUGUGAACCUCUGGGAGAAGCGCAAGCAGCUGCUGCUGGCCAACCUGCCUGGAGAGCUGCUGCAGGCCUAUGGCGAAGAAUACAUCGAGCACUUGCAUGGGCAGUUUCUGCACUCGCUCAGAAUGGCAGUGCCUGACCUCAGCCCAGUCGUAGAUGCCAUCACUGAUGCACUGCUGGCAGCUCAGCCACGCCGCCGCUAUUACCCAGGCCGUGGCCUGAUGCUCAUGUAUUUUAUCCACCACUACCUGCCGGAAAGCCUACGACGCCGCUUCCUGCAGAACUUCUUCAUCAGUCCCCGUCUGCCCCGAGCACUGCGGUCUGGCCAACCUGGCCCUGCUCCUGCUUAGGACACACCCCAGGACCCAAACCCUUCCCUAGUGGCAGCUCGGUGAGCCACAAAUGGCCUAAGUACUCCAGCAAAAGAGGCUCCAUGAGCCCUUGACCCUUUUCCCUAGCCAUUAUAAACCCCUCAACCUUGCCCUAGAACAGCAGUUUUUAACCUGUGGGUCGUGACUCCUUUGACAAAUUUCUAUGUCCAAAAAUAUUUAAUUAUAAUUCACAACAGUAGCAAAAUUAGUUAUAA